UGGGUAGAGGGUGGAGCUCUGGUUGGAACUGGGCAGGGCUCGGAGCUAAGGCGAGAGGCGGAGCGUAGGCCAAACGUCCACUGCGAGGCGCACGCCGGAUAGUGGGUGCGAGCAUGCUCCGCUGGGCCCGGGCCUGGAGGCUCCCCCAUGGGGGACUCCAUCCCCCUGGUUCCAGCUUCUCAAGGGUGCCCGUCAUGCCCAGCAGCAGCGGCGGCCGAGAGGGCGACGAGCCGAGGCCACUGCCCCUUUCCUACAAGCUUUUGGACGGAGAGGAGGCCCUGCCGGCCGUCAUCUUUCUGCAUGGGCUCUUAGGUAGCAAAUCUAACUUCAAUUCUAUCGCCAAGGCCUUGGCCCAGCAGACAGGCCGAAGGGUGCUGACAGUGGAUGCUCGGAACCAUGGUGACAGCCCUCACAGCCAGGACAUGAGCUACGAGGCCAUGAGCCAGGACCUACAGGGCCUCCUGCCCCAGCUGGGGCUAGUACCCUGUGUCCUUGUUGGCCACAGCAUGGGAGGAAAGACAGCCAUGCUGCUGGCACUGCAGAGGCCAGAGCUGGUGGAACGUCUGAUUGCUGUAGACAUAAGCCCAGUGGAAACCACGUCCAGCUCAAACUUCGAAACGUAUUUGGCAGCCAUGAGGGCCAUAGACAUCCCAGAUGAGGUACCACGCUCCCGCGUCCGGAAACUGGCCGAUGAGCAGCUCAGCUCUGUUGUGCAGGACAUGGCUGCACGGCAGUUACUGCUCACCAACCUGGUGGAGUUAGAUGGGCGCUUCAGAUGGCGAGUGAACUUGGAUGCCUUGGCCCUGCACCUGGACAAGAUCUUGGCUUUUCCACUGCAACAGGAAUCCUACCCUGGGCCAACCCUCUUCCUCCUUGGUGGAAACUCCCAAUUUGUGCAUCCCAGCCACCAUCCUGAGAUCAUGCGGCUCUUCCCUCGGGCCCAGAUGCAGACUGUGCCUAAUGCUGGCCACUGGGUCCAUGCUGACUGCCCACAGGACUUCUUAGCUGCCAUCCGAAGCUUCCUUGUCUAAGAAUUGCUGGCAAGAGAGGGCACGAAAGAAACCCCAGGCUUCAGGUCUUGUAGCCUGCUCCACAUUUUGGCACAGAAGGACUCAGGAAGGCACUGAGAGGACACAAAAGUGCAGGGGUGGUCAGACCUCAAGCUUUAAUGAAUAAAGACACUGCUUUCCGAGUUCUGA